GCCGACCUGGCCUCCCCGGCGGCCUCCCCCGCACCGCGGUGCCGCGCGUGCCGCGCCCACGGGGCCGCGCGCGCCCCGCUGCGCCCUGCGCCGCGUGCCGCUGCGCCCCCCGCCGCGUGCGGCGCAGUGGGGGCGACCCGGGGCCGGCUCGGAUGGAGGCCCUCUUCGAGCAGGCCAUGGAGAAGAUCUUCUCCAGGUGGACCCUUCUGAACCUGGCCGUGGAGCAGGGCUGGGGCGGGCGGGAGUCGCGCGCGAAGCGGGACCAGCUGCAGGCCGAGAUCGUAGAGCGGCUCCAGCUGGGCUCCAGGAAGAAGCGCCCACCCGCCCACACGAACGUGGACGACGUCAGCGAGCUGGCCAGCUUCAUCUACGGCCGGCUGGACGAGCUCUUCAAUGUGGAGGCCGACGACGACAGCGACAAGGAGGUCGCCGCCGUGUGCUUGCAGCUGUUCACCUCGUGCAAGGCCGGCGAUGCGUCGUUUGCGCAGCAGUUGCUGCACGUCUGCAGCCAACUGGCGCCAGCGGACCUGUCCGCUUGCAAGGGCACGGAGCACAUAGAGUACGCGACGGACGAGGACCUCCUGCUCGACCAGAUGCAGGGCAUGGAGAUCGACGCCGACUGCGGCGACGACGCCAGCGGCGGCGGGCUGGUGGGCGACGAACUUGGCAGCAGUUCCAUGUGGCGACCCUUCGGGCAAGGGCGUCGACACCGCGGGCGCCACCGCGCUCGACGGCGCCGCCGCGCUCGAGGGCGGCGGCGCGCUCGAGAGCGGCGCGGGCGCGGCGCGGCGGAGGCCCGAGCCGCAGGUCGACGAGGACGGCUUCGAGGUCGUCACCAGCGGCCGGCGGCGCAGAUGAGGCUUCUCCGCUGCCUCUCCGCGGGCGGCGGCGUGAGAUCGGGGGGGGGGUGCCCGCUUUGUGAGGGUUGGCCGCGCGCCGCCAGUAAGACCUCGCUUCUGCCAGCGCGGCGGCGGGGAGGCGGCCGUCCAGGCCACUCGCGAUUUUUUCGCGGCAGCGCCACGGCUCCCUCGUGAGGGCUCGCCUGUGUUGGCGUGGCCCUUCCGCUCUUCCUCCCUCCCCGUUCCUGCUCUGCUAUUCCCGACGUAUGUUCACCCUAUUUUAUCCUCGUCCUGGUUUCGUCUCGGUUGCCGCUCUUCCUCCCUGCUCCCCGUUUCGGCCCUGCUGCGCGAUUGCAGUGGCAGCGCGGCCUUGAGUCGCAGCACUGACGGGCGAGCUGUGGGGAGGACUGUCGGGCCAGUGCGCUCCGAAA